UGGGGGAUUCGAACCCAACUCUUUGCGGUGCACUCUAACCACUACAGCGCACUGCCUUUCCUCUUGGGACAUUACCCGGUUCUAAGAAGAAGGGUUGAACUUGGAGGACUCUUGGACCCGGAGGGAGCCUUCCGCUCGCCUCUUCUGGCUCACGCUUCCUCAAGAUUUAAACUCAGCCACCGCACCGAAGUCCGGCUUAUGCAGCUGAGCCGGCGGCUGCUUUAACUCUACCGGUGCGCCGUCGGCCUGCGGCUCUCCUAUGUGGACGGACCUGCGGCGGCCCCCUGGCGCCCUUCACUUGUCCGCCCUUCUACCGGCCAGCCCUGCAUCGCCCAGGCCCGGAUUGCCCGGGAUUCCCUUCGAGCCGCUCCCUGUGCAAGCUUCGCAGGGGGAAUGGGGGCUUCCCACUCCAGGUCGGAGGAGAUCCAGGAGCUCGCCGACAAGACGGGCUUCACUUCAGAUCAAAUCGAGCACCUCCACCGAAGAUUCAAACAGCUCAGUGGGGAUCAACCAACCAUUAGCAAGGAGCACUUCGAUCGCAUUCCUGAUCUGGAGUUCAACCCCCUUAGGGCCAAAAUCGUCCAGGCCUUUUUUGACAAGAGGAACUUACGAGAAGCAUCUGAAGGGCUGGCUGAUGAGAUCAAUUUUGAGGACUUCCUGACCAUUAUGUCCAAUUUCAGACCCAUUGAGAUGAAUAUGGAUGAAGAGCAGCUGGAUCGCUUCCGCAAACAGAAGCUGAAGUUUCUCUUUCACAUGUAUGAUUCAGACAGCGAUGGGAAAAUUACCCUGCGGGAAUACAGAGACGUGGUUCAGGAGCUGCUCUCGGGGAACCCCCACCUGGAUAAGGAGUCGGUGAGGUCCAUAGCUGAUGGAGCCAUGAUGGAGGCCGCCAGCAUUUGCAUGGGGCAAAUGGAGCCAGACCAGGUAUACGAGGGAAUCACAUUUGAAGACUUCCUUAAGAUCUGGGAUGGAAUUGAUAUCGAGACCAAGAUGCACGUCCGCUUCCUCACCAUGGAGCCAAUUGCGCCUUGCCACUAACCAAAGAGAAGCUGCGAUGGAGGUGCCGGUGCCUUUGGAGCGACCCAGGACAGAAUGUCGGGUGGUCGAUACGGGUAGACGGGGGAUUGGCCUCUCCCGGUGCUGCAGGGAUAUGGGGCAGUUGCUUGGUACAAAGUUUGUGCUGCUGGCUGUGGGGAAAUUUUUCGAGGUUGAGAUGCCUAGUUUUGCAGAUACCACCCCUCCCCCAUCACAUUUAUGAUGCCUCAGUAGCACAUACAAUAAAGUAGGAUUCUUUUUAGUUCUUGGCAGCGGCCUAUUUAUUCUUCCAGUAAACCUGUUUUGCCUCUCAGGUCUGUGACCUCAGAGGGUCCUUUAAUGCCUUUCGUGGCGCCAGGACCCACGUAUCUAGAGGGCUGUCUUCCAACAUACCUUCCUGUGCACCACCUGCAGUCUUCCGAUUGUCACCUCGUGACUGAUGCCCUGCUUAAGGCUGAGUGCUUGGGAUCUACUAUAGUUUGUUAUUGCUGACUGCUCCCAUAGUUCAUAGCUCCUUGACUUGGGGUGUGCAGCAGUUUUCAGGAGGCUUCGUAGAGCGAAUCUAUGCCUCAGGGCUUUUACUGCAGUUGGAAUGGCAGGGUUUGCCUCAGGUGGGGAUGAUUUUAUUGUAUUAUGCAUAGCUUUAAUUUGGAUUGUAAACCACCGUAAGCCACAAGGGAAUGGUGGGAUAUACCUGCUUCAAUUAAUAAAUAAUAAAGUCUAA